CAACAGUAUUUUGAAACAUAAUUUCAGUACAUGUAAAGAUGUUGGAUAGAAGCCAACAUUCGUGUAUUGUUUGCUUUUAUAACGAUUACUCAAUCGGGGUCUUUAUAAACUUUUACGAUGGAUCAAAUCCAACACAAAUCAAAUAUGACGAGAACAAAUUUGAAACUGAGAGGUGAAGGUAAAACAGACGGGCAUAUUGGUUCUCUUGACUAUCUGCCCGAUGAUGUUUUGUACGUUAUCCUGCUAAAACUGGAUAUACAGUCCCUAGGAAGGGUAUGUCGCACGUGUCGACGACUUCAGAGAUUGGCAGGGGCAGAUUUUGUAUGGGCCAGACAUGGAAACAACAGAACCUUGAUUCAAGAGUCCGGGUGGUGCCAUCAAAAACAAAAAAUCACAUUAAGACAUACAGAAUGCUCUUAUAAGGAAAAGUUACGUCUAUCUUAUAACUGGGAAAAUGCUGUCUUCCACAGUACAGUGAUCACACAGAAUUCAGUAAAGCAGAUGCCCUGGCUGCAGUGUGAUCAGGGAGGACUGUGGGUCUCCACUGAACAGAACAUCAAGUGUUUCAGCACCAACCGACACAGACGUUCCAAAAACCAUCUUCACACACUCAGCGGAGUUAAACAUGAUGUAACACACUUUAUUCUUCAUGAAGAGUCUGUGAUAGCUGGCUGUAGUGAUGGCAGUGUGGUCAGAUGGAACAAGACAUCAGAUAGUCCUACAUUUACACACAAGGUCCAUGAGAGUCACAUACACAAGGUAGACGCGAGAGCAAAUCUGGUUUUCUCAGGCUCAGCAGACAACACAGUCCGCAUUUUAGACACAAAUCUAGGAGCAGAAAACAGAGUUGUGAAAGUGUUUGAACUAGAGGACAGAGUAUGGUCAGUGGGUGUGUCACCAGAUGGCAGAUGGUGUGUAGGAGGUACUGCUGCAAGCACAGAACAGACUCCGCCAUUGAUUGUGUGGGACGUAGCCAGUUUGACAAAGCUAUGUAAUCUUGGAACACAUCACAAAAAAGGUGCUGGAGUGUUUGACAUGAAGUUUGAGUCCCCAGAUAUCCUUCUUACGAGUGGCUAUGACACGGUGUUAAGGAUGUGGGACAUGAGGACUCACACAUGUGUACGAAACUGGGUGGAGCCCUUUGAUUAUGCUAACUACUGCAUCCAGUCAGAUAAUAACAUGACCAUGUUUACUGGGACGGCUCGCAGCAGUAUGACCAGACUUUGGGACAAAAGGAAAUCAAACCCUAUCACUAUGUAUCACCCACCCUGCCGGAGGAGAGAUAGUCCAGUGUACUCAAUUGCUCAUGACACUUCACGACUGUUUAUUGCUCUUGACCUUAGUAUCCACAUGCUAGACUUCUCAGUGAAAGGAUGAAGGAGACAUCCAGUUAACCUUGCUAACUCACAGUUUGAUGCAGAACUAAAGGAGAUGAUUGUUUUCUGUCAUACUGACUGCUGGACUGGAUGUUGAACUGUUAAUGAAAAAAAGAUGACUACAUGUAACUUAGAAUUCCUAGGCCUGUGUUUUACAGGAAUUCCCACUGAUAGUCAUAUCAUAACACAUGCUUUUGUUGCCAGUAAGUCUAUGAAAAAGGCAUCGACUACAUAAGAGCUGCAACUUCUCAAAUGAUGGACAAUUCUAUAAUCAGUAAAACAAAGAGGACCUGCCUUACCAUGACGACACAUGUAGGUGUUAUCAGUGAAAUAUAAAGAAAGGUGUACACCAGGUCAGAAGUAAUGACCUGUCUGCUGACCCCAGUGAGAAGGAAGAAACAAGAUUCAACAAAACAGAAAACAUGCUCAUUAUAUGUUGCAGCUGAACUGUAAUGUCCCUGUCAUUUUAGUAACCAGGUACUUCACUGACAGCUAUUGCGUGGAGACUGUACAAAAUGUAUCAUACUCUAAAUCUGUAAAUAAACUAUUUCACACAA